CCGCUAUCCCAGCGUGGCCCGGCGUGUGCGCGUGAGAGAGCUGAGCUCCGCUAGCACGCGGUUACUGCUCCUCCAGACAUGGUGAAAACAGGGAAACUGCGCUCCGGCGCCUCUCAGAAACUGAAGCGCUGGAAGAAAGGACACAGCAGCGACUCCAACCCGCAGACCAGCCGGUACCGACAAGCAGCGAGGAGCCGGUUUUUCAGCCGCCCCUCAGAGAAAAGCAACCUUACAGUUGAUGCCCUGAAACUCCACAAUGAGCUUCAGACAGGUACCCUGGAGAGAGGUGGGGAUGGUGAUGCCAUGGAGGAGGCAGCAUUCACAGAAAGAACAUCUGGGACGUUUCUUAGUGGACUGUCGGACUGCUCUAAUCUCACCUUUAGAAAAGUCCAGCGUUACUGGGAGUCCAACUCUGCAGCACACAAAGAGAUCUGUGCUGUCUUAGCAGCUGUAACAGAAGUGAUUCGCUCUCAAGGGGGGAAGGAAACAGAGACAGAGUACUUUGCUGCUCUGAUGACUACUCUUGAGGCAGUGGAGAGCAGCGAAUCGUUGGCUGCUGUGGCCUACCUUCUGAACCUGGUAAUGAAAAGGGUGCCUGCUGCAGUGCUGAUAAAGAAGUUCUCAGACACAGCAAAGGCCUUUAUGGAGGUCAUGUCAAAACAGGCCGGCACAGACUCUGUGUCUGCUGUACGAUGGAUCCUGUCAUGCCUGGCGACCUUGCUGAGGAAGCAGGAUCUCUCAGUAUGGGGUUAUCCAUCCACCCUUCAAGUCUACCAUGGUCUGCUGAGCUUUACUGUACACGCUAAACCAAAGGUACGUAAAGCAGCCCAGCAAGGUGUUUGUUCCAUUCUCCGUGGCAGUGACUGCAUGUUCAUAGACAAUGCCCCCAGCCACCACCCUGCUGCGGUCACCACAGCCAAGUAUUGCAUCAAAGAAAUGGAACAGGCAGGAGGCAAUAAGGAAGACACUACCACUCUGCAUGUGUUGGGGCUUAUAAAGGAGCUGAUUAAUACAUUCCCCCUCAGCUCUGUGAAGUCCUGUUGUGAGACACUCCUUCGAGUAAUGACUCUCAGUCAUGUGCUGGUAACAGCAGGAGCGAUGCAGGCUUUCCACAAACUGUUCAGCUCUAAACCCAGCUCCUCCAGCAUGUCUGCAGAGCUCAAUGCCCAGAUUAUCAUGGCUUUGUACGACUACGUCCCCAGUGAAAACGACCUGCAGCCUCUGCUAGCAUGGCUUACAGUUAUGGAGAAAGCCCAUGUCCAUCUCUCUAGUUUACAGAGCUCUCUGAGUCUGGGCCAUCUCCCUCGACUUUUUGCAGCGGCCAUGUCUUGUCUUCUGUCCCCACACACUCAGGUGGUCUCUGCUGCCACACAGACCCUAAAGACCCUAAUCAAUGAGUGUGUGGCACCUCAUAUGGCAGAGAUUGGGCCUGUUCUGCCCAGCACAUCUACUGGCAAUGGACUUUCUGUCAUUAAGAUGUUCCGUGUUGUGGAAGAAGGCCUGUCAUAUCGCUUCCACGCCACCUGGCCGUUCGUGCUGCAGAUUCUUGGCUGCUUCUACAAAGCUGCAGGGAAACAAGCCCACCCCAUAAUGAUCAAGAGUCUGCAGUCCUUGAGUGAUCUGCGGGUCACUCCAAGCUUCCCCUUCUGUGGUGAACUGGACUUGGCCAUGGGGGCUGCAGUUGAAAGCAUGGGCCCACAGGUGGUCCUGAGUGCUGUCCCCCUGCAAAUCACUGGCAUAGAUGAUGACAUGGAGUUUCCACGCAGCUGGCUCAUCCCAGUGAUCAGGGACCAUGUGAAAAACACUCAGCUCAGUUAUUUCACCUCUUACUUCCUUCCAUUGGCUUCAACUCUAAAACAAAAAGCUGAAGAGUUGGAGAAAUCAGGACAGAAACUGUGUGCUAAAGUAUACCAGACAUUGCAGUUGCAGAUUUGGACAAUGCUUCCUGGUUUCUGCAAUAAGCCCACUGACCUGAUCAGUUCCUUUAAGAAUAUGGCCCGAUCUCUGGGUAUGGCCAUCAGUGAAAGACCUGAGCUCCGAAUGUGCAUUUACCAAUCCCUGCGAACACUCAUCUACAAGAGCUGUGAAACAGAGGAGGAGAAGGCUGAAGUUGGCAGAUUUGCUAAGAACUUCCUGCCCAUUUUGUUUAAUGUGCACACCCAGCAGCCCACGCCCGGAGAGACUGACCCAUCCCGACUGGCUGUGCUCGACACUAUUAAAGCCUACCUGACUGUUACUGACCAGAAGAUGGUGAGCUCAUUUUUGCAGAAAGCCACAGAGAAGCUCAGCAGUCCAGACUCUACAGAGUUUACACGACAUAGUGUAAUGGACUUGGUGGUGACAAUGGCUGCGUUUGUGGAUGGAGAAACUAUGACACAAACAUAUGAUUUAAUCAAGCCCUACUUGGAGAGUAAGGAUUCUGCUAUUCAGAAGAAGGCAUACCGGGUUCUAGAGGAGAUGUGUGGAGGGGAGAGGGAAACGUGUAAGAAGUUUGUUCAGGGCAAUCUUGAACAGCUCAAACAGGUUCUGCUGGACAACCUGAAGAGCGCCUCCUCGCCUGCCAAAAGACCCAGAUUGAAGUGCCUUAUUCACAUUGUGAAACAACUGAAUGAAGAACACAAAGACUUCCUCACUGCCCUGCUUCCUGAGGUGAUUAUUUGCACAAAGGAAGUGUCGAUUGGAGCACGGAAAAAUGCCUAUUCCCUCCUUGUGGAAAUUGGCAAUGCCUUCAUUCAGUUCAGUGGGAACUCCAAAGAAGCCAUCAAUGAGUAUUUGGGACAUGUAUACAUUGGACUCACUGGAUCAGUCACAAUGAUUACCUGUACAGUACUGGCCCUCACCAGACUUGUUUAUCAGUAUAAAGACACACUUGAUGUUUCACCACUGGAGCAGCUGCUGCACAAUGUUUGCCUGCUGCUCUCCAGUAGAACAAGGGAGAUUGUCAAAGCCUGUCUGGCCUUCAUUAAAGUCAUCCUCUUUAUCCUGGAUGUGAAGGUUCUGGCCAGCCAUGUGUCAGUCAUUAUGGAGGGCAUUACCAAUAUGAAAGAAGACAUGAGACGACACUGCAGGAUGAAGCUAAAGAGCAUUUUCACUAAAUUAGUCCGCAAAUUUGGCUAUGAGCUGGUGAAGAGCAUGUUGCCGGCAGAACAUCACAAGGUUCUUGCAAACAUACGUAAAGUGGAGGCCAGAACAAAAAGGCGCAAGCUCCUGAGCAAGGAUGAAGAGGACGAGUCAGACAGCGAAGACAACGCCCCCAAAGCCAAGACUAACAGUAUUGAGGACAUUUUGGCAGAGACGGACUCUGAUGACUCGGAGGAUGAAGGUCCAAAGAAGGGCCAAAAGAAGCCAAUUAAACAGAAGGCAAAGGCAUGGCUAAAGGAAGGCGUGUCAGAUGAUCCACUCAACUUCCUGGACCCCAAGGCAUCUCAGAGAGUGCUCGCCACAAACCCUGACCUGAAGAAAACAGCCAAAGUUGAACACGGGUUCAAGGUGACUUCAGAUGGCCGACUGAUCAUCAAGGAAGAUGAUGAAGAUGACGGAGCUAAAGAUGACAACCAAGACAUUGAAGACAUUCUAAAAGAAGCGGGAGUCAAAACAAAAAAGACACAGAAAAGGAAAAUUGAAGAUGACAUGGAUGAUGACGACAUGGAUGUUGAACCACAAAUGAAAUACAAAGCUGGUGGAAUUGGGAUCCAUAGACCACUGGGUGGAAGACAAGAAUCUGGAUCUGAGUACAAAUCAAAGAAAGGGAAAGGUGAUAUUAAGAAGAAGGGGAAAUGUGACCCGUUUGCCUACAUCCCUCUCCAGAAAGCACAGCUCAACCGCAGGAAAAAGGCCAAACUGCAGGGCCAGUUUAAGGGAAUGGUCCGAGGAGCAAAAAAAGGAGCCCUUUUGGGGAAGAAAAUGGGAAAAAAGAGGAAAGCUUAAGGCCUGUACACACGUGCAGAUAGACAUUUUUGUUGAAUAUUUUGGUGAAACAGCAGUUCUUCCCUGAUCUCUUGAUCCUGAAGUGAAGAUAAAGUGAAGAUAAAUCUAUCCUAUAAAAAUCUAUCCUAUAAAAAAGAUUACUGACUUCUGUUCUGCUAAGUAUAUUGCUUUUGGAUGCUCCUUUUCUAGAGUCACACCUCCCAAACUAAAGUUAAAGUGUUUAUUUUUGACAUUGAAAGGGUGAAUUGCACAAGAUGCUUGUGUCUGAUAAUUGUAUUGAUGUGUCACAUGUAUGAGAUGCUAAAUAAAUAUUUCCCAAACUUA